AUGCCAGAUGAAGUGAAAGACAAGACAGAGGGCAAAGAAAACAAACCAAAGCCAUGCUGUGCUUGUCCUGAAACCAGAAAACCAAGAGAUGAAUGCAUUGCGGAGAAAGGUGAAGAGAACUGCCAGGACUUAAUUGAAGCACACAAGGAAUGCAUGAGAAGACAUGGAUUCAAUAUAUAA